AUGAACCGCUCCUACAUAUUGCGCUUUGGCUGGAUAAUCGGUUCUUUGGCAGUUUCCCGGAAAUCCGUGCCCAAGUACCUCCACCUCGCGAAGGACCUUGCCGCGCUGGAGGAUGCGGAGUGCGACUCGGAAGUGGGCCUGGGCCGGCUGAGAAGCUACCAGGGCGAAGGCGAAGAGCUCUGCACUUCCGGGAACUCCGAUGCCUCUGCUUCGUUCCGGUGCACGGCCAAAUGGACGAAAAGGUCUCAGACGGAGGCAGAGAGCGGGGACUACUUGUGCCGAGGGAAGGGGAUGAAGAUCUUGCUGCCGCAGGCCGGCUCAAAGGAGCCCCUUCAGCUCUAUGGCCAGGAGGGCGGCUGCAACUGGAAGCUGCAGCAUCUCCAGCUGGACUUCUUCCUGUGGGAAGGCCGCGAUCUAAAGCUGGACUUGCGCAAUGGGCCUACGGACGCGGCGUGCGACGAAGACAUGGGCUCGUCCCCGGUCCUCCUCUUCAGUGACGAGCCCAGCUUCUGGAAUCCUUUCAUCAGCCAGGCCCAGGUGCUCAUGGGCUACGUGUCCCUGGCGGCGCUGGAUCUGGAUCCCAAGAGCUUGCGCAUGGUGGUGGCAGUGGACGAGGAGGAUUGCUGUGGAGCGAAGGCGCCACUGAUGGGCCUCCUGCAAGGUCUCUUCUCGCAAGCUGGUCCCAGCAUACGGCGGAAGGAGAAGCCUCAGAUGAUCUGCAGCAACGAUGUCAUUGUGCCCACGGGCGGGCGAAACAGCUUCGUGCGGAAGAAUGCCGGGAAGGAGGACCCCUGGGCCUCGAAAUGUCGGAACUCCCCCCUGGUGCGCGGCUACGGGUCCUUUGUCCGGGAGAGCUUCAACGUCACCAGCAAUCCGGUCCAGGCCUCCACCUGGCGGAUCGCGCUGCUUUCGCGGAAGGCCAACAGCGACCACACAGGCAAAUUCAACAGGGAGAUGACUAACGUGGAGGAGGUGGUCACCGGGCUCAAGGCCAACGGGACCGAAGAGGCCCCGACCUCCUUGCUGGAGGUCGCAGCUCUUCAGAGGAGUUUGGAGAGCCAAGGCGCCCAGGUCACCGUGCUUGAGAUGGAGGCCCUGCCCAUUGUGGAUCAAGUUCGAGCUAUCGCGAACACAGACUUGCUGAUCAGCGCGCACUCAGCCGCCCUAUCCUGGAUGAUGGCUUUGCCUCCUUGUGCGCAAGUUCUCGAGAUAUGCGCAGCAGGCAAUUUCCAGUUCAUAAACUACGCCAAGCUUGCCGGAGUGGAGCAUCAUUGCGUGGGCCCCCACAUUGCGUGGGGCACUCGCACCUUCAAAGCCCCUGUCUCAGAAAUGGUGCGAGAUGCCCUGGCAGCCAAAGAGCGCCGUGAUCAGUGCCUGCAAAGCGUCGUUUCGUGA